AUGGACCUGGGAAGACGGAUCCUGCUGCUGGUUCUUGGCCUGGGCCUGGCCAGUACUCAGAAGACCCUACAGGAAGUGCCUCUGCAGAGAGACUUGGAUGCCCAGAAGGUAGAGGGGCGCUGGCUCACCCUCCAGCUUGCUGCCACCAACCCUGGCCUGGUCUCCCCAGACGACCCCCUGAGGCUGUUUUUGCACUCUAUUUGGACCACUGGCCAAGGGGACCUGGAGUUCGUGUUCUUCUGGAUGGGAGUGGGGGUGUGUCAUGGCCUGAAUGUCACUGUCCACCCUACUGGGCUCCAGGGCCAGUACCAAGGUGCCUUUGACUCCAGCGGCAGUGUGCUGGUCCGCUUCGUGGGCACUGACUACCGAAGCAUGAUUCUCUACAUACGAGUUGAGCAGGACACUGAAACCAACGGCCUCUGGGCACUGCUGGCAAGAAGCAUGUCCGAGGACCCCAAAUGGCUGGGACGAUACCUUCAGUAUGUCAGACAAUUCCACCUGGAGGAAGCGCCAGCCUUCAACGGAGAUGGCCAGUGCCCCCCACCGGAAGCCUAG